GACUUUAAAAAGUUACCCUGACAAGCCAGCUGUCUUCGCGGGUCUAAUUUUAGGUUAAAAAUUCAAAAAUAAAUUCAAGUGAAAAGCACACUGAGAGAGAGUACUGCGUCUAGGUUAUUUUAGAAUUUCAGCGUGCGCCAAAAUCCUUUAUUCAUGAAAAUUGCGCACUUGGAUCCUUACAUGCCUCGUGCUUUUAUAGCGUCCGUAAGUUCGUUACCCUAUUGUUUACCGUCGGUUAUGAAACAAUAAGUCUCCUUCCGCCGAGCGCAGUUCACUGAGAAGAAUGUCCGGGGACGUGCAGCCAAGAAAACGCAAGGAUAAGAAGAAGAAAAAAGAUGAGUUGGGCCUGGAUGAGGGUCCGCGGGGGACGGCGGCGCCGCUGGGCGAGGGCGACGUGCUGCUGCACGCGCACAGCGACCACGGCACCGGCGGCCACUGGUGCGCCAAGCUCAUCUUCUUCUCCCUGCUCGCUGUGCUGAUAACUCUGAUUGGAUUGAUCAUACUGGAGAAUAGAGGACUUUCUGAAUUGGAAGCCAGCACGGUGCACACCCAGUACUCGGGGGUGCUGGAGGGGUGGCUGGAGGAUGCCCCAGACGAUGACCACCACGAUGAACACACCCUUGAACUGAAGCAUCCUGACGACGACCAUGAUGACCACGAAGAACACAACGGCCAUGACGAUGAUGAUGAUCAUGAUGAGGUUGAAGAAGAUGAUGAUGAUCACAAUCAUGAAGACAGCGACGAGCAAGAGGUGACUGAUGAAGAAAAUAAUGAUGAGGAUGACCAAGAGGAUUUAAGCCAAGAAGAGUUAGAUAAUGAAGAACAAGAAGAAGAUAAUGCUUCUGAUGAUGAAGAACCUCAAGCUGAUGAGGAGAAUGAUGACAAUGAAAUAGAUGCAUCACAAGAAGAGCAAGGUUCUGAUGAAAAUACGGCUGAAGAUGAUGAAAACGAUCUACUUGAUAAUGAUGAGGACGAAAAUGAAGUAGAAGAAAAUAAUGCAGAAGACUUGAGUGGUGAAAAAGAUUAUGGCAUUGAACAGUUCGAUAACGAAGACGAGCAGAAUGAGUCAGAAGAAAAUGAAUUUGAAAACAAGGACGAAGACGAUCACGACGAUGAACACGAGAGUGAUGAAGAAGAAGAAGUGGAGAUCGAGAAGAUAGAGGAAGAGGCGGCUGAUGAUGAGGAGCCGAUCAGUAACGAGCUGCCCGCGCUGCCCGAGGCUGAUGAUGAUGAUGACGAUGAUGAUAAGAAACCUGACGGAGGCGCCGAGUCUGAAGACGACCAAUCAGCAGACGAGGCCGACGACGGAGACUUCCUGCAACAAGACGACGACGACGACGUGCCUCCUGUGGUGGAGCCCAUCUCCGCGCCUAAAGGGAAACCUUUCCAGGAGGUGGACGAAGCGGACUCCCGCGAGGUCCCCGUGGACACCCUCGCCGAGGAAGAAGAGUACGAGCGGCAACAGGAGGAGCUGAGGAGGCAGCAGGAGGAAGCCUCGCACAUGUGGCUGAAGCUGGGCGUGGGCGGCGCGCUGCUGCUGGCCACGCAUGCCGUGCUGCGCCGCGCCGCCGCCCCGCGCGCAGACGGAGCGAAUGAAGACGAAGGCUCGGUUAGGGAAGAGACUCCACUCUCAGACCGGCGCAUGACCAUAGUGCCCGAGCAAGCGCCGCCCCCCGCUAAUGAAACACUUUCUCCACACACACCAAACACCUCUACCAUUUCCCAAUUUCAAACUGCAGUGGUACAGAGGCACGAAAGGCCUGUAGUGAAAGACGUGCAGUUACCAGAGGACAUAGUGAAGCAGAUCCCGAUGAUCAUCAAGUCUGCAGCCACACCGCUGCAGGUCAGCAUGGAAGAUGGAUCCGAGCCAGAGAAUACGAGUGAACCUGAGGUUGAAGAUGAACCCGAAGAGCCUCAAAUUGAAGAGAACGAGUUAUUCAGCGACGAAGAAGAAGAGGUGGAGGAAAUAGUCGAGGAGGAAGAAGAAGAAGAAGAAGUAAUUGUACCCAAGAAAGAGACACCGAAAGAGGCAGCUCCAACGCCGAAACCGACAGCAUCGUCCCCAAAACCCACACCGAAAGUCGAAGAAAACCCCGAACCUGAAGAAGAAAACGAAGAAGCAGAGGAAGAUGAUGAAGAAUUAGACCCUGACGAUGUCGAGAUCAUAGAAGAUGAAGAUUUAGACGAAGAGGAAAUUGAGGAGGAGGAAAUAUCCGACGUAGAUGAUGCAGAGCUUCUCAGUCGACUAGAAGCGAAAUACGGACGUCUACCUGAUCCAGAGAGGCCAGCCGGAUACAAAAUCCCGAAAGACGGCGGCAACAGCGUGGACGACGAAGGCUGGCCCGGCGAGCCCAGCGACGCCUACUGGGGACGCCAGCUGAACAGCGCCGAGAGAGAAAUGCACCAGGGUCACUGGAACGCAGCGAUCGAGAUGGCAUCGGCUAAAGAACUUUCUUCAAGCGCUCGAGCGCGUUGGAUCAUUGCGAAGGCUUACGAUGCAAUGGCGGAGUCCAGAAGAGACAAUCAACUGCUGUCGAAGGCUAUCACUGCGUAUAUGGAACUGCUCAAGAUGAAUGCGAAGCUGUCAGAUAAGAAGCUAUUGGAAAUCACCAACAGGACUCUUGACCGGAUACAGUUUAGAGGUAUUUAUUUGAAUGCAGAGCCUGUGCACAGACUGCUGAUUCGAAGGUUUCCCAACAACCCUGGCUACCGGAAUAAUUUGACCAUAUCCUUCCUUAUGGCUAACAGGGCGGACCUCGCAGAGGAAGUGUUAAAAGAAACCUUAAAGCUAUGGCCAGAAGACCGAGUUGCCCUUGCCCACUAUGCUUUCGUGCUGAAAACCCUUCUAAACCGCGUCGAGGAAGCAGAAAAGCUAUUCCGGAAAGCUCUGGAAGGCGACAGUGGCGCCGCCAACGAACCCCGAUUUUAUUACCACUGGGGAGACGCUCUGCUCCUACUAGGACGAAAUAAAGAAGCGGAACAGGUCCACAAACAAGCAGCUAAACUUGGACACUUCCUAUCUCCAGCCCAAAGAUCGCUUUACAAUGUCAACCGCUUAAAAAGCCGCCCGUGGUGGAAUAUUAACGAAACUCCAUAUGCCCGACUCGCGCAAGCUCUAGAGAAAUCCUGGAAACAAAUCCUAAAAGAAGGCGAAGCGGCCCGCGCGCUAUACGUCGAAGAAAAAGAAGGUCUGAGAGAGAAGGGAGACUGGUCUCAAUUAGACCUGUUUGUGCGUGGGAGAGAGAUACAAGAUCGGUGCAAGCGUGCGCCAAUCACGUGCUCGAUAGUGAAGUCUGAAGCGGCCGCUAUUGGCUGCCGUCGUGGCCAGAUCAAGUUCAGUUCUAUGGAGCCCGGUACACAUGUCAGGCCUCAUGUGGGACCCACUAACUGCCGGCUGAGGAUGCAUCUCGCGCUUAGCAAUACUGAGAACACCUUCAUGCGAGUUCAUAAGGAGACGAGACAAUUCCAGCUCGGCAAGACGUGGCUAUUCGACGACAGCUUCGAGCAUGAAGUCUGGCACAACGGCACCGGCGCGCGCCUCGUGCUGAUCGUGGACCUGUGGCAUCCCGACCUGACUGCGGCCGAGCGACGGACGCUGCCUGCUAUAUGAGACGGGUGUGGCGUUACGUCACAGUAAGGGUGAGGUUCCAUUGGUGCGUUUGCUAUGUAUUUUUAAUGACUGAUCCUUUGGGACGUUCCGC